AUGAGACGUGAGGCGUGUAUAAUUAUUGAUAACUGAAAUUUAACUGCUUUGAAGAGAACCAUUCAAUUCCAUCAUGGUGGAAGGGGUUGGAACAACAACCAAUGAUCAAGUCAUUUUUGCUACUGGAGGAUAUGAUUACACGAUAAAACUAUGGCAAGCCCAUUCUGGAAUCUGUCAGAGGACAAUGCAGCAUGCCGACUCUCAAGUGAACGCUCUCGAAAUAAUGCCAGAUAAGCAGUUAUUGGCAGCAGCCGGACACCAACACAUUCGCAUGUAUGAUCUCAACUCCAACAAUCCCACCGCCAUUAUCAACUAUGAAAGCAUAUUGAAGAACAUCACCUCUGUUGGGUUCCAGGAGGACGGCAAGUGGAUGUUCACAGGCGGCGAGGACUGCAGCGCUCGCAUCUGGGACCUGCGCUCUCGUAAUCUGCAAUGUCAGCGUCUGUUCCAGGUGAGCGCGCCUGUCAACUGCGUCUGUCUGCACCCCAACCAGGCGGAGGUCAUUGUCGGCGACCAGAGUGGAAUCAUACACGUGUGGGACCUCAAGACUGAUCACAACGAACAGCUGAUUCCAGAAGCUGAAGCGUCAAUCCAGUCGAUAUCUAUAGACCCGGAUGGCACACAUAUGGCUGCCGUUAACAACAAGGGUCACUGCUACAUAUGGUCGCUAACAGGGGGCGUGGCCGAGGAACCAACCAAGCUCAACCCCAAACACAAGAUCGAGGCACACCGGCGCUACGCACUUCGCUGCAAGUUCAGCCCUGACUCGCGACUGCUGGCCACUACGUCGGCCGAUGGCUCGGCGAGAGUGUGGCGCACGAAGGACUUCAGCCUCAAGCAAGUGUUCAAGCUGGACGGCCAGCGAUGGGUGUGGGAUGUCGCUUUCAGUGCUGACUCCCAGUAUAUCUUCACUGCAUCAUCCGACAACUUCGCGAGACUUUGGAAUGUAGAAAAAGGGACUGUUGAACGAGAAUACAAUGGACAUCAGAGGGCAGUUACAGCCCUUGCUUUGUGUGAUGAAGUGGUUACUACUGAGGCGGUAGUCCCGUAAACAGCAACACUUCAACAAAUAAUUUAAUUAAUUAAUAAAUAGGCAUUUGAAUGCUUGUUUGUACGUGAAAAACUUGUCAAGAGCCAAACUUUCUCUAUAGUUUGUAUAAAAUAAGUUGAGACUUGGCCCUCCAUCCAGAAAAACUACUACAACGUUGCCAAACUGUGUAAAAUUGCAUCUUUUGAUAGUGGAGCUAGAAAAGUUUCAGGGUUGAAGGAUUAAAAGAAAAUUUAAUUUUUUUGAUAAAAUUGUGAGGAUAUGUUUUUUAUUUGAAUAUCAUUUCUCUCAGAAUAUAAUAACAUCGAGUCACCUGGCUGGCUCAGGUCUGGUUUCUAUUUGACAUAUAAAGUUUAUUUUCUCUCUCAGAAUUUAUUAUGGGAUGUUGUAAUUAGUAGGAAUUCCAUAUCAAAAUAACGAGGAAAAUGUGUCCUUUCUAUUGAUGUUUGAAUCAUGUUUAUCCAACCUAUAGUUAUUAUUUUCAUAGUUAAUAAUUAUUUUCGUCAAUGUUCAGACAUUUUGAGGAAAAUGUGUCCUUCCUAUUGAUGUCUGAAUCAUGUUUAU